AUGGGUUGGAAUUGUGAAGCCUGCAGCUAUCGAAACGUAAAUGACACUGCUGGCUCCUGCUUUAUUUGUGAAACGACCAGAGAAAAGAAGGCAAAGGCAAAAUCCUCUGGUAACGUCGCCAUCGUCGGCAAGGCUAGCUCCAAUGCGGCCUGUUCGGACAACGCCAAGAAGCGAAAGACUGGCAGCCAAACGACUUUGUCGGGUAAUUUGGUAGAUGAGAAAGCAUCAGCAGCCAAAGCAAGCAAGAAACCAAGAGCAGCGAUCAGUAACGCUGCCAAGAUGCCAGCAUCAUCAACGACUACUAAAGUCCAAACUACCUUGUCAUUGGGCCUGGUUCCUUCUGGCUAUGGACCUAUUUCCAGCGAUUCUUACACAGACAAAGCAACACGAUGCCGCAAAGUCUUGAGAGAUGUGUUCAAAAUUGAGAAGCUCCGAAAUCAGCAACCCAGAGCGGUGGAAUGUGCAUUGAAGGGGCAUUCUCAAAUUAUAGUGAUGGCAACAGGAGGCGGAAAGAGUCUGUGUUAUCAACUACCUGCAGUUGUCAUUGGUGGGACAACCAUUGUGAUUUCUCCUCUUAUCGCUCUGAUGAAGGACCAAGUACAAGCACUGACAAAGAAAGGGAUUUCGGCGGCUUGUGUCAACUCUUCCAACAAGGAAUCUGAAAACAAUCAAAUUCUCUCUGCAGUCCUUGGCCGAAACCUGAACACGACAACCAACACAAAAAAGACAGAUCAAAACGCAAGAAAACCAAUCAAUUUACUGUAUGUUACCCCUGAGUCUCUUGGGACAUCAAGGAUGCAAAACAUUCUGAACGAGCUUCACAAAAAGAAUCGAUUGGCUGGUUUUGCAAUUGAUGAGGCACACUGUAUUUCCUCGUAUGGACACGACUUUCGCCCAGCCUAUCGCAAGCUGGAUUAUAUUCGAAACCAAUUUCCAGACUUGAGUGUCAUGGCUCUUACCGCCACAGCCUCCCCUGCUGUAUUAAAAGAUAUCAAGAAGAAUCUCAAGCUGGAGAGGGCACCCUGCCAUGUUGGGUCCUUCGAUCGCCCGAACAUCUUUUACAAAGUUCACUACAAGGACGGUCUGGACAGUAUAGCAGAAGGUGGAUCACUUGCGGACCUGGCCAAGUUUGUCAAAAAGCAGCACAGGCGGGCAGCAAAAGAGAACAACGAAUGCAGCGGGCUCGUCUAUGUUCACAAGAAAGCAGACACAACAUUCCUCGCCAAAGAACUCACCAAGCGAACGCAACUCCAAGUUGGUGCGUACAACGGCGGUAUGAAACCUGCAGAUCGCACAAAGGUGCAGGAAGAUUGGCUUUCUGGCAAGGUACAAUGUUGCGUAGCGACGGUCGCGCUCGGGAUGGGCAUAGAUCUGGCGCAUGUCCGCUAUGUGGUGCAUUGGAGCAUCCCCAAGACCAUGGACGGCUUUUAUCAGGAGAGCGGGCGUGCUGGACGAGAUGGACUGCCAGCCAUAUCAUUGGUCUACUUUUCGAGGGACGACGCCAAUCUCUUCUCAUUUCUCAUUCGAAAAGAGGCCGAGAAACGACAAGGAAAGAAUGGAGGGGCGGCGGACAAUGCAGAGGCAACUCAACGAAAGCUGGACGCUUUGGAAUGCGUUGUAGGGUACUGCACGACUGCUUCUUGCCGACGGCAUUGCGUCCUGAAAUACUUUGGUGAGAAAGACACGGAUCCAAAAACAAUUUGCCAAAAGAGCUGUGAUGUAUGCCAAAAUCCUGAAAAGAUGGAAAAAGCCAUUUCAGCCGCCGAAUCGAUGAGAGCUCUCUCGAAACAGAAGCAAAUGGCCAAGACCACGAAGGAAAAGAAUCGUUGGAAUGGGCAGUGGACUCGACCUCAUGGGGAUGGCGAUGGUGAAGAUUGGGACGGAGGCCGCCAAGAAGAUUGGGAAGUGGAGGGUCUAGGGAUCACGGGCGAGGCCAAGGCGCCAAAAUCGAUCGGAUCCGGUUCGUUUGUAUCCGCUGCUUCGAGGCUGGAUUCGCUUGCUCGACUCGAGGCAAAGGAAAGAGAGGAGGGCGCCAAAGAAGAGUACGGUGGGUUCGUGAAGUUCAAGGCUUCCUCUGCGAGGAGAGAUCGCGACCCAUUCCCUGAACACAUCCGCCUAUCGAUCCAAUCGGCGAUAGACAACAAACAAAAAUCAAAGCCCAAAGAAAAGGAGCAAUCAUCCGCGGAUCUCAAGGCAAGUGCGGAGAAGAUUAGAGCGGAGCUCGCAGAAAUCGAGGCGAAGAAGGCUGCCUUAAAGGCUCGAAGCUCGUCAGUGGUAGUCCCCGCUGCCCUACCGCCACCCCCACCAGUCUCUUUCAAGCAAAGGAGACGCAAACCAUGA